AUGGGUCUAAUUGCGCGGCAGGCCUUCCGUCGCUACGCUUCCGCCGCGCCAACCGCCGCCUUCGCUGGUCAGAAGGGCGCAAACGGCAAAUAUACCGUCACGUUGAUUCCCGGAGACGGUAUUGGGCCGGAAAUUAGCGAGUCGGUGAAGGAAAUCUACACGGCCGCAGGUGUUCCCAUCGAGUGGGAGGAGGUCAGCGUCGCGCCGAUCCUGAAGAACGGCAAGACGGUCAUCCCGGAUGCUGCUAUCAGCUCCGUCAAGAAGAACACCGUUGCGCUGAAGGGUCCCCUUGCCACCCCUAUUGGCAAGGGUCACGUUUCCCUUAACCUGACGCUGCGCAGGACCUUCAACCUAUUCGCGAACGUCCGCCCUUGCCUGUCCAUUCAGGGCUUCAAGACGCCCUAUGACGAUGUCAACACUGUCCUCAUCCGUGAGAACACUGAGGGAGAGUACUCGGGCAUUGAGCAUGAGGUUGUUGACGGUGUCGUCCAGUCUAUCAAGCUGAUCACCUGGGACGCGUCGGAGCGCGUUGCUCGCUACGCGUUCCACUACGCUCAGUCCCAGGGCCGGAAGCGCGUCACGGCUGUGCACAAGGCGAACAUCAUGAAAAUGUCCGACGGCAUGUUCUUGUCUGCCUGCCGCCAGGUCGCGAAGGAGUUCCCCGAAAUCACGUAUGACGAGGACCUCCUCGACCGCGUUUGCCUGCAGGUCGUGCAAAACCCUAAGCCGUACGCCGACCGUGUGAUGGUCAUGCCCAACCUGUACGGUGAUAUUCUGUCCGACAUGUGUGCCGGCCUCAUUGGUGGUCUGGGACUGACGCCCUCCGGUAACAUCGGCCGCGACGCCUCCAUCUUCGAGGCUGUCCACGGCUCUGCGCCCGACAUUGCGGGCAAGGGCUUGGCUAACCCGACGGCUCUCCUGCUGUCGUCCAUCAUGAUGCUCCGGCACAUGAACCUCAACGAGCACGCUAGCAAGAUCGAGAGCGCGGCUCUUUCGACCAUUGCCGAGGGCAAGUCGAUCACUGGUGACCUUGGUGGCAAGGCUUCGACGAAGGAGUACACCUCUGCCAUCAUCGAGAAGCUGCGCCGGGCGUAG